AUGACGGACCCCGUCUUCAACAAGCAGAACGACAUCAACGCCCUCAACAAGGAAUUGAAGAAAUCGCUGCUUUCACUCCACAACCGCCUUCAAUCGAUCCUCCACGACGCCAAGUUCGUCACACGAGUGCGCGACAGCUUCCCCCACCCCUACCCCUUGAUCGCUAACGAAAGAUGCGGUCUCUGGUACGUACCCACCCAGGACCGCUCAGGGACCUGCUACUUCAAAUCAACCGAUGGGCACACUAACGUGUGGUCCUUUUCCUAUCGGAGGUUGAAUUUGCAUUUGUUGUCGCUUGUGCGAGCACACGGUGCUGUGAUAGUCGUUGACUCGACGCGUCGGGGGAAGCGCAUGCCGGAUGCCAUGUUGAAGACCAUACCGAUAUGGUGCGCCGUGCUCACCUCGGUGCUAUAUCGAGAAUCGCCUUCGCUGGAUCAUUGGUUGCGCACGCCGGAGAUGGUGCCGCAAAGUGAACGCCAUGCCAUACUCCAGUUGAUCCCGGGUUUCAUCCGCGAGCUCCAAGGUAUGAACUUGGUCGAUCGCGAAAAGUACAAGUUGGAUAAGCCCUUGUGUCCGAGGUGGAUCUAUCCGGGAUGUCCUGCGCAGGAGGUGGGUGAUGAUGAGUGCUAUUAUAUAUAUUGCGUUUCGGCGUCGCGGAAGGUGCUGGUGCACAAGUCGAUGACGGUUAGAGGCGAUGGCGAUGACGAUGGUGGUGCUCCCAGUGUGCUGUUUGAAUACGUGCAGGGUUCAGCCGACGACCAUGAGUUGUGGAUACCGGAAACCUUGCCCCAUUUCGGUGCUGACGAGUUUUGGGAUGUGGCCGACGAGAUUGUAGAUGGGUCCACUGGUUUCUUGCCCGCGUGGUACAAUGACGAUGAAUUGAAGAAGAAGUUGGCGCAGUUAUUGCUCCAACCUAGGCCCUCAACGAGCUCAUUCGAGCUCCAUGACGUUGGCGCUACGAAUUUGAAAUUCGGCAAAAUCAUCAACGACGUGAAGUGCCGGGAUUUGCCGGCAGACACCACGGUGGUUGUGUUCCAUGACCGCUUCAAGAUUCUCCGAGACGAUGACGACGACGAGGAAACAUCUGCGAGAAAAGUGCUCGCGUACGCGGUGCCGAGCAACAAACGAGGCUCAAACAUGUUGCGAUCUAUUAUCCCCGAGGUGAUGUCGAAAAUCGACUUGCUGGCGCCGCUUGUGGUGUUAUGCGAAACAGGGCAGGAUAUAUGCAUGGGGAUUGUCUUGGCGGUGCUAUACGUGGCGUUCGAUUUGGACUGGAAUAGAGUAGAUGCGCCGCCUGCUGCUUCGAAAGCCUUGGUCAAGCAGCAUCUAAGCAAGCUUUCGGAGCUGCACAAGGUGAACCCGAGUCGCAGUACAUUGCAAAGUGUAAACAGUUUUCUAUUUAGCUCAAAUAUGUUUAUACAUAUAUAG